GGGUUCUGGUGGUCCGCUGUCACAAUGCCCGCUCGCUCGCUGUCGGGGGUCUCGUGCCUGGUGACCGGGGCCAGCGGCUUCGUCGGGCACAGGAUCGUCCGUUUCCAGGGCGUGGCGACGGUGAAGACGCUGCAAGGCGACAUCCGAGACAGCGACUUCCUGCACAGGUCCUGCCAAGGGGUUGACCUGGUCAUUCACGCGGCGGCCAUCAUCGACACGGUGGGCAACGUGAGCAAAGACGUCAUCAUGUCCAUCAACGUGACCGGGACGGAGCAGCUGUUGGAGGCGUGUCUACAGAACAAUGUGCAGUACUUCAUCUACACCAGCAGUAUGGAGGUGAUGGGACCAAAUGCCCGAGGGGACCCUAUCAUAAACGGCACGGAGGAGACGGCCUAUGACAGCAAACUGGGCUUCAGCUAUGGGCAGAGCAAGAGCCUGGCGGAGCAGAAGGUUUUGAAGGCUAACGGCCAGGAGCUCCAAGAUGGAGGAACCCUGACCACAUGUUCACUCCGCCCUACAUACGUCUAUGGGGAGGAGUCUCAGUUCCUCCAAAUUCAUGUUGACCAAGCCAUACUGAACGGCGAUGUCUUCCAUAGGAUCUCCAAGAAAGAGGCCUUGGUCAACCCGGUGUAUGUCGGGAACGUUGCCUGGGCCCAUCUGCUGGCCGCUCGGGCCAUGAGAGACCCAGAGGGAAGCAAGAGGAUAGCCGGGAACUUCUACUUCAUUGCCGACGACACCCCCCACAUGAGCUACGCAGACCUCAACCAUGCCCUGGGCAAAGAGCUGGGACUGGGGGUGGAGAGCCAGCUGGCCAUGCCGCUCCCCAUACUCUACCUCUUGGCUUCCUUGAUGGAGGUGGUCAGUUUUGUCCUCCGGCCGUUUGUAAGGUUCGUGCCGCCGUUCACCAGACACCUGCUGACUCUCCUGAACACCCCGUUCACGUUCUCCUACAGGAAGCUGCAGAGCGACGUGGGGUACAGGCCGAGGUACGGCUGGGAAGAGGCCAGGCAGAUGACAACCAACUGGAUGGCGUCAAUGAUACCCCAACGCAAGGAACGCCUUCAGAAGAAAAAAUAAGAACUUGAGGGCAACUCCAAC